AUGGCCCGCUCCUCCGACGAGACCGUUGAGGUCAGCGCCAACGAUGAGAGGCGGAUGUGCGGGCUAGCCGGAGAUGACGACGAGGAUGACCUGCGCGAGGACGCUGCGGAGCUGUUCGGCCGUCGCGUUGAGGAUCCCAUUGUAGCUGAUGGCGGCAGCAAUGAUGCAAUAGGGGGCGAAGAAGAAGAAGGAGAGGAUGACAACGACAACAAGCGCUCACGUCCUUCUACCUCGGCUGUGUGGCUCGAUUUUAAGAAGUUGUUCAAAAAAGGUCCCAAAGGUAAGAAGGUAAGUUAG